AGGUUCCCCUGAGAAGUCAUCAAAUGCUGAUAGCUACUUGACUUUUGCUUGUCUGCUGUCUUUGUAUUUCCUGUUUUUGCCCGUCUUAUUUUACCUUAUAAAAGGUAUAUUAUUUUAUGUUUUCCGGCUCAAUGAAAUUAUUACACUUUCGUUAACUCUAAUCUGACUAUUUAAAUACACAACAAAACAGCAUUUAGUCACAAUAGUCAUUUACAGUGCUGCUAAUAUUUCAGACUCCAAAUGAGCUAAAUCUCAUUUACAGCACCUGUUUUUUGUUUCAUUUCUACAAAAACACUUGUGACAUUUCUGUGACCUAUACCUUGUCACUGUUGAUGGGUUAAAUAUGUCCUAAUUGAGAAAUGCUAUUCUGGACCUGAAGUGUGAUAUUCAAUGCUGGCUCCUCCUCAUCCUUAGAUAUUGCAGUAGAAGUAGAAAUGGAAAUGGUAAACACCCUUUAACUAGUACACUUGAGAGAAUCGGUUUGAUAAAAAUCACAUUUCAAAUUAGUUACUUUUUGUUAUGGACUUGCUGAAUUGCAUAUUACUUUUGCUUUUGUAAUUCGUUUAAAUUAUUAAAGAAAAUCAAAUGGUACAUUAGCAAAUAAGGAACUGAUCUUGGAUUCUAAAUAUUGUAGGUCAUUCUUCUCAUGUUCAUAUGCUGUCUGUUGUACCUUUGAGCAAAGUACUGCAUAGGAAUUGAUUCAGUGAAUUUUUUAGGUAUAUUAAUGGUGCAUUGCAAAAAUUUGCAAAUAAAUGUAAUAAUAUACUACAAAGUUAAAUAGAUACUGGAAGUUCUCCUGUUACAGAAAGAAAAGGUGAUUGUUCUGUGUUUAUCCCACUGCUCUGCUUUCGUAAGUUUGUUUCUUCUUGUCUCUAGACAAAUGCUGCUCCUGCAUUGGGUUGCUUUUUUCUGCUGGGAACUAAUGUGUGAAAAGCAGCUUGAGAAUAUGACAAUGUGCAAUUUCAUUUCUCGUUUAUUACUUGUUUUCCUAUUGGAUAAUAAGUGGAAGCUCUGCCCUGGCAACAAAAGUAGGUUAUUUGCAUUCUGCCUUGUGAUUGGGUGAGUUUGUCAAAGACCAGGCCAAUGACAUGAGAUCUUACUGGUGGUAGGCUGUUGUAAUUAGGUGCUGUUGCUGGGGUUCAGAAUAGUGGUUACUCUGUGUGACUCCUGCAUUGUUGCCUGGUGAAAGAUGUUGAUAAAUGCGCCUUUAAUGAUCUGCAAAAUUCACACUUGCGGCAUAUAGUCCGAUUAUAACACAGAACUGAAAAGAUUUGAUUUAUGGACCAGAAGCUUUCUUGUACAGAACACUCCUUUGAAUUGGAUUUAAUUAUACCUAUACUAAAUAAUUACACGGAUGACUCGAGUAGCUCCCAUUCCUGCAGUGUGUGUCAGCCGAUGCGUGUGUCGGUGUGUGAGCGGUACGUCGCGGCUGUUUGCGGGAGUUCCGGGAGCAGGUCACCGGCUUGGCCCUCCGCUGGCUCUGGGGCUGCUCGCUCCGGCAGCAUCAGACAGCAGCUGCUUUCACAGGAGGGGAGACUUCAGCAUGCAAACCCUCAUCCGUGCGGCUUGCACCUUCGUUCUCUUUCCAUGCCGCUGGGCCCAUGCCUUCACAGAUGGCCCACUCCCAGCCGCAGUGCAGUGAGCACCUGCUGUGUGUGGGGGCCUCUGGGACGGAGCUGUCAUACAGUGAGCCGGCCACAGACUCCCAGGGGCUCAUGCCACAGUGUUUCCGUGAGCCGGCUUCAGCUCCCUUGAGGAAACUGUCCAUUGACCUGAUCAAAACUUACAAGCACAUCAAUGAGGUGUACUAUGCAAAAAAGAAGAGACGGUAUCAGCAAGGCCGAGGCGAUGACUCCAGUCACAAGAAGGAGAGAAAAGUGUACAAUGAUGGCUACGAUGAUGACAACUAUGACUACAUAGUGAAAAAUGGCGAGACAUGGAUGGACCGCUAUGAAAUAGAUUCUUUAAUCGGCAAAGGCUCAUUUGGGCAGGUUGUUAAAGCCUAUGAUCGCGCAGAGCAGGAAUGGGUCGCUAUUAAGAUCAUCAAAAACAAGAAGGCUUUUCUCAAUCAAGCUCAGAUCGAAGUACGACUUCUAGAGCUGAUGAACAAACACGACACGGAGCUCAAGUACUACAUAGUCCACCUGAAGCGCCACUUCAUGUUUCGAAACCACCUCUGUCUGGUGUUUGAGAUGCUGUCCUACAACUUGUAUGACCUGCUGAGGAAUACCAACUUCCGGGGCGUCUCUCUCAACCUGACCCGCAAGUUUGCCCAGCAGAUGUGCACAGCGCUGCUCUUCCUGGCUACGCCUGAGCUCAGCGUCAUCCACUGCGACCUGAAGCCAGAGAACAUACUGCUGUGUAACCCCAAGAGAAGUGCCAUCAAGAUUGUGGACUUUGGGAGCUCUUGUCAGCUUGGCCAGAGGAUUUACCAGUACAUCCAAAGCCGAUUCUACCGCUCCCCCGAGGUGCUUCUGGGCAUGCCCUAUGACCUGGCCAUAGACAUGUGGUCUCUGGGCUGCAUCUUGGUGGAGAUGCACACUGGCGAGCCCCUCUUCAGUGGGGCAAAUGAGACAGAUCAAAUGAAUAAAAUUGUGGAGGUACUCGGUAUCCCUCCCAGUCACAUUAUGGAUUUGGCUCCCAAAGCCAGGAAGUUUUUUGAGAAGUUGUCUGACGGCACAUGGGGUAUGAAGAAGACCAAAGAUGGGAAGAGGUACAAGCCACCGGCGACACGGAAGUUGCAUACCAUCCUGGGAGUUGAAGUGGGGGGGCCAGGUGGCCGUCGGGCCGGGGAGGCCGGUCACACCGUCGCCGACUAUCUGAAGUUCAAGGACCUCAUCUUAAGGAUGUUGGACUACGACCCCAAGAGCCGCAUCCAGGCAUAUUACGCACUGCAGCAUAGUUUCUUUAAGAAGACCGCAGAUGAGGGCACCAACACGAGCACGAGUGUGUCCACCAGCCCGAUGGACCACUCACAGUCCUCCGGCACCACAUCCAGCGCCUCCUCUAGUUCAGGAGGUUCGUCUGGUACCAGUACUGGUGGCCGAGCGAGGUCCGAUCUGAGCCAUCAGCACCCGCACAGUGGGCCCUGGAUCAGCACUGGAUCAGCUUUGGACCGCGAGAAGCUGUGUGGUCAGGUGAGGCAGACUUUCGCGGUUCCUGUGGCCUGGAAGGAGCCGGUCCCUGCAGAAACCCAUCCCGUUCAGGAGACCAGCUUCCUUGUUCCUCCCAAGCAGCUUGCAGUGUUACAGAGCGCCCCCUUGAGGCCAGGUGUGGCAGCAUGGCCACAACCAGGCCUCCUCUCGCCCACCAGUACCAUGUCGACGCAGAAAUCCAUGGAGGUGGGGCAGGGCCAUAUUUCCAUGGGCUCCUUGUCUUCCUCGGCCUCCUCUUUCUCCACGUCCUCCUCUUCCACUGGGAACCAAGGCAACCAGAUCUACCAGAACCACCCCAUUCCUGCCCAUGCCUUGGACUUUGGCCAAAAUAGUGGCUUGACAACGGGCCUUGGCGAUUUCUCAAACUCCCACCCGGAGACUGCUGUGGCAGAGCACCCGCCGUACCCCCUAGGUGCAGCAUCAGGACCUGGCCGGUUCGUUUCUGAGGCGUCCCACCUGGGCGGGAGGCCGGGUCUGCAGAGGGAGGAUGCUGCUCUCCAGCCACACUCUGUGGUCAGCUCCUGAGUGUGAGAGAGCGAGGGAAAUCUCACUGAACCAUUACAACCCUACAGACAUUUUUUGUCUUUUUUUAAAGAUCAUCUACUUGCAAAGAUCUCUGUAAUAUGGCAAGAAUUCUGCCAAGAUGUGCAUACACCAUUUUAUGUGGUACUCUGACUCCAGUUAUUCCAUAGAGGAACUGCCUCUGAGUUUGUGGCAGGUGUUUGUGUGUGUGUGUGUCUGUUUGUCUGUGCGAGUGACUGACUCUGUCUGUCUGUCUGUGUCAGUGAUUGCUCUCCGUGGGUUAGAUAAUGUUAGAACCAGAUCUGCUGCUGCUUUUUGGCAAAAUAUUACAUCCUCACAGUUAAUACUUGAGUGUGUAUUCUGGGUUUUUGGCGUUCCGUUGGCAAGCGUUGCAUCGACGGCCAGUCGCCGCUGUCAGAAGUGCACAGCAGUGACGUCCCAGCGUUUCCAGGGCAUUCUCAGUGCCACCCUCUGGACCCCGCUGGCUCCGGGGUCUGAAAGACAUGUUUGGGGGGGGUCUGAAGGGCAAAGUAAUGGAGAGCCCUGGGUGACAGCCUGGGCGCAGUACGCAGAAGAUGGAACAGACUCCUUUGCCCAGUCUAAGGACUCCUGAAAGUGGCCAUUCCGACCAAUGACCUGAUGGCCUUACGCUGCUGGACUCAGAAUGGAUAAGAUGGACGUUUAUUCUUUUAGUACAGAAUAGCUAUCUUCUAUUUUGACUGUAGAAAGCCCUUAAUAACUUACGCAAAUAGAUAAAGGGUGUUUCAGAA